GCGGCCCAACUGUCAGGAUGAGAUGAGUACAAACCUGGGUCUUUCCACCAAGCAGGCGCUGAUGGUCCUACGUGACCAGCUCACUGCCAUUCUGGAAGAACAUCAGAAGCAGCGCAAGAAGAACAUGCCCUGGAAGGAUAAAUGGUUUAAGGGCUUCCUCUACCACAACAGCCGAUUCUCCAGCUUCCAUUGGCCAGGUGCAGCUCUCAUGCUGUUGUCUGCCGUCUUGUUGCUGUGCUGCUAUGGGAGCCAGCCAGAAGGCAGCCAGGGACGUGCAAUAGUGAAUGCAGCAGCACUAUUCCUGCUUCUCCUCCUCAAUCUUCAUCUAAUUGGGCGACAGGGGAAACAGAAGAAGGAGGAGGUCAUGGCCAGGCUGCAAGCUAUCGUCAGUAAACUGAACGAAGCGCUAAAGGCCGGUGAGGGUCUGAGAUGGGAGGACACGUUAUACCCAGACCUCUACAUGCCCUGCGCCCCAUCCUGGUCACUGCACUGGGCCUUCAGAGAUGGGCGUCUAGUCAACCUGCCCGUCUCUUUAUUGGUAGAAGGUGACAUCAUUGCACUUAGACCUGGUCAGGAGUCCUUUGCUUCUCUACGAGGAAUUAAGGACGACGAGCAUAUAGUCCUGGAGCCAGGAGAUUUGUUUCCACCUUUCUCUCCUCCCCCAACGCCCAGAGGAAAAGGGAAAAAGGGACCUCAGAGCCCUCAGCAGCACAGGCUCUUCAGAGUAGUGAGGACUCCUGUUCUCGAGAAUGUCAGACGGAGCCUGGAUCUGGCACAUUCCCGACCUGUGACUGCGCUCGACAAUGAACGCUACACAGUGCAGACUGCCAUGGAGAAGUACACCGUCCCUGUUGUUCUGGGUGUAUUUCUGGUUACAAACACUGUGCGGUUUGUCUUCCGUGCUCCUGGAAUCACCAAUUGGCAGAUUGCCCUUUUCCAACUUCAGGUGAAUGGCAUAUUGCCAAUCCUCCCUUUGCUCUUCCCUGUGAUGUGGGUGCUCGUCACGGCUUAUGGGGAGGCUCGAGUCUUGGCGCAGUUCAGCAAGGCGCCUCCCGUUGGCCUGUUGGCGAAAUUCUCUGAGGACACUCUGAGCAGUUACACCGAAGUGGUUUCUUCAAAGGAAAUGAUGUGCUGUGUUUGGAGUCACUUUCUGUCAGUGCUACGAGGAAAGUCGCUUACCCUUUGCUACACUUCAAGCCUACUUCAGAACCUGGGCUCCAUCACCGUAUUGUGCUGUGUGGACAAGCAAGGAGUGUUGUCUUGGCCCAACCCGAGCCCAGAAACCGUCCUGUUCUUCAGUGGGCGUAUGGAGUCGCCCCAUGACAGCCUCGAAGAUCUGAAGGACGACCUCUCCAUGAGGUCCUUCGGCCACCCAGAGGUGGAUGAAGACAAGGAGGAGUCCAGGGAAGCUGAUGCUCUUCUGCCGACCUCUGGCCUGGACUUGGUGUACGUCGCUAACGAGAUGUGCCAGGAGAGAGACGAGAAGACAGAAAGCACCCCCAAGCCCAAGAAACACAGUGAGAAUCGUCGGUGCAAACACCUGUCGGGAUCCAACGUCAGUUUCAGCAAGGACACGGAAGGAGGAGAGGAGCAAAUAACGCAGAUCAGUGGUAUUGGUGAAGGGCUGGAUCUGGAAGCCGAGGAUUAUGUCUGCGAUUACCACCUGGAAAUGCUGAGUCUCUCUCAGAACCAGCAGAACCCAGCCAGCAUUCAGUUUGAUGACGCAAACUGGCAGUUUCACAUCUCCUCGCUGAAGCCACUUGGCCUCAAUAUCCUCCUCAACUUGUGUUACUCCACAGUCACUGAGCAGGUGUGUCACUUCUCCGACCACCUGUCUAACAUUGCUCUGCAGGAGACUUCUGGUGCUGCCGUUCCCAUCCACAUUCCCUGGGGGCUGUGUGAGCUGUCCAGGCUUAUAGGUUUUACUCCUGGUGCCAAAGAACUCUUCAAGCAGGAGAACCACCUGACGAUGUACCAGCUUCCCACAGUAGAAGUGGUCAAAGAGAUUGUGCCAAGGAGACUCUCGUAUGUCACCAAGAGGAGACCACCGCUCAGUCAUCUGAUCAGCCUGUUUGUGAGGGAUACUUUGACCAGUGGCGUCCAGAUGUUGUCUCAUGGCUCGGCUGACCUCAUCCUGGAGGCCUGCACCGAUUUCUGGGAUGGCACGGAUAUUUAUCCCCUCUCUGGCUCAGACAGGAAGAAAGUGUUGGAUUUCUACCAGCGGGCCUGUCUCUCGGGAUAUUGCUCUGCGUUUUCCUACAAGCCUAUGCAUUGCACCCUGUCCUCUGAGCUGAAUGGGAAGUGCAUUGAGCUGGUCCAGGUGCCAGGUCAGAAUGCUAUUUUCACCUCCUAUGACCUACCAGGGACCACGCCCAUUAAACAUGGCAGUAGAAGAAACAGCUGGAGUUCUGAUGAGGGAAUCGUGGAAGUGAUGGAAAAGGAGGACUGCAUCCAAGCACUGAGUGGGCAGAUCUUCAUAGGAAUGGUCUCCUCCCAAUACCAAGCUCGACUAGACAUUGUGCGGUUAAUUGAUGCACUGGUCAACGCAUGCAUCCGUUUUGUUUACUUCUCCAUGGAAGAUGAGCUAAAAAGCAAGGUGUUUGCAGAGAAGAUGGGAUUAGAGACCGGCUGGAACUGCCACAUCUCUUUACUGCCGUACAUUGGAGGUCCUGGCUCUGAGAUACCACAGUCCAGCCCCAGCCACACAGGGUCCCUGCGUGACGACCUGCAUCAGGAUUCAAAGGACGAUCCAGAGGGGGCGUUGCUAAUGGAAGAAGAAAGACACUCAGAUCUCAUCAGUUUCCAGCCCACAGACAGCGACGUGCCCAGCUUUCUGGAAGACUGCAACAGGGCCAAACUACCACGGGGAAUCCAUCAGGUGCGGCCACACCUGCAGAACAUCGAUAAUGUGCCUUUACUGGUCCCUCUGUUCACAGACUGCACUCAAGACACCAUGUGUGAGAUGAUGAAGAUCAUGCAGGAAUACGGGGAGGUGAUCUGCUGCCUGGGGAGUUCUGCCAACUUCAGGAACAACUGUCUCUUCCUGCAGAGUGACAUCGGCAUUGGGUUGGAUCCGCUGUAUCCAUCUCGAUGUUCCUGGGAGACCUUUGGUUACGCUACCAGCGCCAGUGUUUCCUUCGAGUCCGAAGACCUCUCACCGCUGCAGUUGUCCGGCCUAUUGAACAGCUUGCCUUGUUCCAUUUCCUGCCACCAGGAGGAGAGCAUCAGCAUCAUCAAGCUCAUCGAGCAGGCACGACACACUACGUAUGGGAUCAGGAAAUGCUUCCUUUUCCUGCUACAAUGCCAGCUUACUCUCGUCUUCAUUCAGUUUUUGGCCUGUGUGGUUCAGCUGCCCCCACCACUCAGCACCACUGACGUUCUCUGGCUCUCCUGUUUCUGCUACCCGUUACUGAGUGCCUCGUUGUUGGGGAAACCGCCAGACAGCUCCGUGAUGACAGUGGCCACCGGGAAAAACUUUGUGUCCAUUCCCAGAAAGACGCAACAGCACUUUGUGAUGUGUUUCCUGAUCAAGUUCAGCCUCACGGUCUUUGCCUACCUCAUCUGCUUUGGGUUCAUGCUGCAGGAAUUCUGUGAAAAGUCAAACACCUUAAAUAUUACCAACUGCUCCUCCAUCAUGUUGCACAGUGAUGCAGAGGGAGCACCCUUGUGGUUCCAGCAGCACUCUAAUGGCUUGCUGUUAGCUCAGAAGAUCAUGGUGUGUUUUAUCGUUCUGCAUACAGUGUGCAUCUCCAUUAGCCACGUACAUCGUUCCAAACCCCUGUGGAGGAAAAGCCCCUUCAGUAACGCCUGGUGGUGCCUCACUCUACCUGUCGUGUUGGUGGGCCAGAUGGUGCAGGUGGUGUUGGACUUGAAGCUGUGGAGGAACGCGGAGACACCGCUGACCUACGAGCUGCAGGACGUCCCAGUGCCGUGCUGGCUCCUCGGCCUCCUGUCCCUCUUUCUGGUCAUUGUCAUCAAUGAGGUUGUGAAACUGCAUGAGAUCAGGGUGAGAGUGCGUUACCAGAAGAGGCAAAAGCUGCAGUUCGAAACGAAACUGGGAAUGAAUUCUCCGUUCUGACACUCGGGGAGCGUGUGAGAGAGCAGCGGCCAGAGCGGUGUGAGAGAGAGAGAGAGAGAGAGCAGAUCCUCAAGCCACUGCAGGCAUCAGAGCCAGGGCCUCGCUCAGAGCUGCGCCACCAGGACUGGAUCACUACUGCAUGAAGACGCACAGAGCCGCACAGACACCUGCCAACCUUUCACCAGACGUGUCGGAGCUAUAGGGGCAGGGCCGCCGAGUACAGUAGGUACCAGAGACACAGCAGCACAGGCGGCAGAGCUCAGUUAGUAGCACUGCUAAACCAUCCAGCUCUGUCGUGAUGUCUAGACCUACAGACCCCUACCUACGGCAACUGGAGAAGGCACUAAUUUCACCUUAGAGACCGUUUCUGCUGCUGCCAAUGUGGUCCUGCCCGCGAUGCACGUUCGUUCCUGCUUGUUCCAGCGCAGCGCAGCGCUGUAGUGUGGCAGGGCAGCAGCUGAGAGCUCAGCCACCAGGUUAUAACAGCGAUUGUCACUUCAGAGGGACAUGGCCGGGCCGGGCCGGGCGGGAGGACUUGGUGUAAGGAGCUUAUCGUGUAGGAUGGAAGGCUGAGAUCAAAGUGCAUCGAGGUAAAACGGGACCCUUCCUGUUCACUAACAUUAGAGCAGACGUCAGACAGAGGGAGAGAGAGACGGCCCAGGCCAGUUAUAGAGUAAAUGUCUGUUCAGUCCCCGGUUUUUAAGGGCUUCCAAGUACAUGGUGCAGUCUUCAGAGAGAGAGAAAGUCUCCCCUGUUUCCAGUCUGCAGUAGGAGGUGCUGUAAUGUCAGCCUCCUGACAGGAGCCAGGUCAGCACCAGUGAUUUGCUGCUUGUCUUUAAAAGAUGUGUUUUUAUUCCUGUCUGCACUGAUGGUAGCACUUGGCACUGCUUCUCGUCCUUGCUCCUGGUCCCUGCUUGUUGCCUGUUACAAACGCACCAGCUCGAACAGCCCUCGGAGCCGCAACUCUGCAUGGAAGUCCUGCUCCCCUUAUCCUGAUGUUCCUGUGUAACGCGCUCGCACACGCUCUCUCCCUCUCCGUGCAGUUUUUUUCACCUUUGACGUUCCGAGUGGAUACAGAUUUGAAUGAAAUGGCAUUUUAAAGGGAAAGAAAAUAAAAGUGAACUUCGAAAGCGACCUCCAGCCAAGUUGGUGCUCACCCCACUUUCAACUUCAGGACUUGUCGAUGAGGGUCACUGUGGAAUGGGUGGGGGGUGGGGGGGAAGGGACUCCCAAUGACAGCCUGACUGGGUUGUGGGCUAGUUUAAAGCCAGUGAAUUAGGAGGUCCUGUGUCUGCCUGGCUUUGAUGAUGGCCUUCAUGCAGAAUCUCAAGAUGUGCGUCUUCUGCCUCGCAACCAGCAACAAUAGAUCAUGUGUGUUAGUUACCACUGCUGAGUGAUGGAGCUGAUUCUAAUCGACCUCUGUACCCUGGGAGCUUUUGUGUCUCUGAUGGUCUUGUGUGUGGAUGGGUCAAUGAGCUUCCCAGCAUCGGGCUGUUCUCUCUCUAGUGUCUCGGGCCCUGUAGUCUCCGCUGGGACCUGACACUAAUGGAGGUAUGGAACAUGUCAAAACCUUCACAUCUUGUUCUUUUCUAUUUAUUUGUGAUUGCUUAAGGGCUUGAAACAAUUGUCGGUUGCCAAAUCUGAGAGAAUCCUUUCCUAUCUGAUACCACACACACAGACUAGGUGUAAGAGGUGCCACAAAUAAUGUCAAAAUGUCUCAAAGCUUCACAGAUAAUUGUCAAAGCUAGGAGUCCUGUAGCUCAGUGGUUAGAGCACUCGCCUCGCA